UGUUCCCUCGGAUCUAGUGCUGCUGCUGCUGCUGCUGCUACUCCUAUCCUAUCCUAUCCACCUUUCUUUCGCCUCUCUUCUCCUUCAUCCUCAAAACAAUCGGGUUGCAGCUUUGCUUCCGAUCGUGUCUUACUCUUUCAUCUCCUCUCAACCCCUCUGUUGCCUUGAUUAAUCCCCCCUUUUAAUCGCCUUUUUUUCUCUUCUGUCUUUGGCCUGUCGCUCGUUUCUUGGGAACGUCUGGUCGACCCCUCCUAUUCUCAAUUAAUCCUAAUUAACCCCUUCUCUCAUUCAUCAUGAAGGCUCUCAUUCUUGUCGGAGGGUUUGGUACCCGUCUGCGACCUUUGACCCUGACCCUUCCUAAACCCCUGGUGGAAUUCGGAAACCGGCCUAUGAUCUUGCACCAAGUCGAAAGCUUGGCUGCUGCAGGUGUCACCGAUAUUGUUUUGGCGGUUAACUACCGUCCAGAUGUGAUGGUUUCUACUCUCAAGAAGUACGAGGAGCAAUACAACGUCCGAAUCGAGUUCUCUGUCGAGACCGAACCGCUGGGCACGGCUGGCCCCCUGAAGCUGGCGGAAAAAAUCUUGGGCAAGGAUGACUCGCCUUUCUUUGUCCUCAACUCCGACAUCAUCUGCGAUUACCCUUUCAAGGAGCUCGCCGAAUUCCACAAGAACCAUGGCAAUGAGGGUACCAUUGUCGUCACCAAGGUGGAUGAGCCCUCCAAGUACGGUGUCGUCGUCCACAAGCCCAGUCACCCCUCGCGCAUCGAUCGCUUCGUUGAGAAACCCGUCGAGUUCGUCGGAAACCGCAUCAACGCCGGUAUCUAUAUCCUGAACCCCAGUGUCCUCAACCGCAUUGACCUGCGCCCGACCUCCAUCGAGCAGGAGACAUUCCCCGCUAUCUGCAAGGACGGCCAGCUCCACUCCUUUGACCUUGAAGGUUUCUGGAUGGACGUUGGUCAACCAAAGGACUUCCUUAGCGGCACUUGCCUGUACCUGACCUCGCUCGCCAAGCGCAACUCCAAGCUGUUGGCUCCCAACUCUGAGCCCUACGUAUAUGGCGGUAAUGUGAUGGUCGACCCCUCGGCCAAGAUUGGCAAGAACUGUCGCAUCGGCCCGAACGUCGUCAUUGGACCUAACGUGGUUGUUGGAGAUGGCGUCCGCCUGCAGCGUUGUGUUCUUUUGGAGAACAGCAAGGCCAAGGACCACGCCUGGAUCAAGUCGACCAUUGUCGGAUGGAACAGCUCUGUCGGCAAGUGGGCUCGUCUUGAGAAUGUCACCGUUCUGGGUGACGAUGUCACCAUUGCGGACGAAGUCUAUGUCAAUGGUGGCUCCAUCCUGCCCCACAAGAGCAUCAAGCAAAACGUUGAUGUUCCCGCCAUCAUCAUGUAAUCCUCUCCUUUCACGUCGCUACGCCCUCGAAUACCUUGAUUGAAAUUACCUCUAUAACCUCUAUACCUCUUAACCGCCCCUGUGCAUGGAAACCGGAGUCCUUUUGUGUGGUCUUCUCUUCUCUAGUUGGAUUCAAACAGUUUCGAGCUUGUCGGUCUGUUGAUCAAGGGAGUGCGAACUGUUUCGGCACAACAACCCCUUGAAUAAUUGGCAUUAUAUUCUCUUGCUCUUCCCCCUUUUUUCCCCUUCGAGCACACAUGGUUAUUUAUUAUUCUUCACACCUCUUUGUUCUUGAGUUCGUCCGUUUCCAGACGCAGUCGCAAAAGCCUUGAUGGUGGGAGCGUUGCCUAUGGGCUCGGUUU